AUGCAGAACAGCAUCUACAACGGGACAGACACCUGCAUGGACUGCGGGUUCACCCGCGGCAGCAGCGUGUACUGCCCAAGCACCCAUCGCCACCACGGCACCGAUGAAUUUAUCAUGUCUGGCAGACAGCGCACUAGCCACAGUCGCUCCUCCUCCGCCUCCAAGGGGAUCUUUACAAAGGUGUGGGGGAAGCACACCAUGCCGCAUGCUUGGCAACCUGCCCAUUUCACACGAGUGAAGGAUAGGGGUAUUACGGCAACCGCCGAAGCGCUGCAUCCCUUGGCCCCGGGUGCCGAAGAUGCUACCGCCGAGGGCGCAAAUGGGGAUUCACGUGAGGCGGACACGUCACGCAUCGGCGGUGGGGGUGACGUUGUGAGCUCAGAGAGCGGCAUUGAGGACCGUGAAAGCGGGGAUUCUGCGCAUCAGCACAACGGAAUCGACGGGCGCGAGGACAGCGCCGGAGUAGAUGAGGCUGUCGGCCAGGGGGGCGGCGAGGUGCAGUACUACUGCUAUACGGACGAGAAAGGUGACACGUACUGGUACGUGCAGGAGCUGCAGGACUCGAUGCAACAGGACCAACCCGCCGCCGAUGCAGAGGCGGCGCACACGAGUUCACAGGCGGCCGCGUACUACUCCGAGUCUCAGACAGGGCAGUAUUGGAUAGACGGCUCAGUGCCAGAGGGAUCUUACGUGUGCGAGUACGUGGACAAGAACGGUCAGACGAUGUACUACCUCUACACGCCAGAGGUGGAUGGCUCCCAAGACAACACCGCAGCCACACCUCAGGAGACGCAGGACACCAACACUAGCGACACGACCUCUACGUCAGCCAUCGCGGGUACGAGGUCGCACGCCGCCUCUGAGAAAGCGGGCAACGCCGCUGCCCCGUCUAAGCGCAAGACUCCAGGGAGGUUCUUUGCGGCCAUCAAGGGAGUUUUCAAGCCCCACCGCAGCCGCCACACCCGCUACAUAAAUGACGAUCUCGUUGCCCAUGAUGGUGAAGACCCAAGUCCCUCCUUUUUCGUGACAGACUCCGAUGUAGAGCCGCUGGCCCCGCUGGGGACGGUGAUGAGUGAGACCCUCACGACUCCCCGCAAUAGUGAUCUGAGCCUUUCUGACAAUGACGGGGAGGAGUUCCUGGAUAUCCUCGACGCGUCAGAGAGAAAACGGUUUAUGAAUGAGCGCAAGCGCCUUAUUAAGGAGCUCGCCGCGAGGGAGAAGAAGGAACGGGCGAUUAUCAUGAAGGAGCGACGCGAUGACAUGGCAAUGCUUGGACGGGAAAAGCGUUCGGAUGCCUUUGUGCUCCGCAAUUUCGAGAGAGUCAUCGCAAAAGGGCCGCAGGGCGUGUAG